AAACUGAAAAUUCAUAAAUAAUGGAAAUUAAAGUGUUCUCUGUUUUCUGAGUGAGUCGUUUUGUCCUAGAAAUUAUGUUUAUCUGCGCAAUAUGAUUAAACAAAGAUUAGUAAAGAACAUGUCAUUUCUUGGAAGGAAACAUGAGAAAAAACUGAUCUUUAAAUUGUUGUCCGAAACCGAAAGGAGGCAAAUUUAUGACGGGUUAGCUGCAUUUCACAUUCAUCGUCAUGUGGUUUAGAAGUAUUAAGAAGUAAUUAAAAACAUAUUAACCGUUGAUGAAGAAAUCGCCUAACCACAUAAAGACAUGGACGAGCAGUUAGUAUUUCGGGAGCCAUGGGGUGACUUCUGGCAGAUCAAUCAAGGUUAUUCUUCAACCGGUCAAGAAGAACCACUGAAUUUGAGUUCAGCUCGGAUGGAAAGUUUCGUGCCCCAAGAGUCUAAUUGGAAUGGAACAUUGAACUAUUGUCCAGUUGAAAUACCCUUGUAUGACUUCAGAAAUGACCAAACGAAUGAACCUUUAAACAGUUUCCCAUUGUCAAUAGCAGCGGCCAACAUAGACACAGUUAGAGUUCUCGAAGAUAUUAGAUUUACACCGCCAAGUUCCUACCAACAGGAUAGAAUAACACCGUCUUCUUUCGACCAUGAUAGAAUAUUACAAUUAAGCUCUAAUGACCAAGAAAUAAUACCAUCGCCAAGUUCUAACUACCUAGAUAGAACAUCACCUCCACGUUAUUUUCAACAGGAUAGAAUAACAUCACAUAGUCCCUACCACAAUGAUGAAGACCACGAUAAAUACCUGCCACCAAAGAAAAGGAGAAGAGUACAUGAAAAUGAUUUUAACGCCAAUGUUGUGCCUUAUAUCAAUUUGGAUCCCGAUAUUCCAGAGGAUAUUAUAGAAAGCCGUCUACCAAAUCCGGACUUCAUACGAUAUUGUACUGCAAGGGUGUUCGUCGUUGGCUUGAAUAACUUCCGAGGGCAGGUUGAAUCAGGAGAGGAAGUUUCCUUGAUUAAGGAUGGCUCAAGCAAAACCAGUAUGGUGGCAACAAAUCGGUUUGGCAUAGAAGUAGGAUAUCUGAAAUCUGAUGUUUCAGGGGUUAUCUCGCCACUAAGAGACAAAAAAGUCAUAGGAAUAGAAAGCACCGCUAUACAUGGAAGUCAGGAUGCUCUCCUCAACAGCAUAGCGAUAUACCUCAAAAUAUUUGGGAAGGAAGGUUACAAGCUUUCCACUUUGAAAAAAUUAAUUGAAUUAAAGGUGCCACUUAACAUUGACAUCGGCCCCACUGAAUCUCAAGAAGACAUUAUGGGCGCACUCGAUAUCAACGAGAAAUCUGAGGGCAUAUUCUUUAACGAAAACCACUUCUUAAACAUGAAAGAGGAAUCGGACGCCAUUAAUACACUUUUCGAGAACCUUGCGGAAGAAGACAAAAUGACCCCUGCAGAACCAUCAAAGGAAAUAGUUACACCGUUGCAUAUGCACCAGAAACAAGGCCUUCACUGGAUGAUAUUGAAGGAGAAUGGGAGUCAACUUCCCCCUUUCUGGGAUCUCAAAGAAGGACUGUAUCAUAACAGUAUAACAUCAGUUAAACAAAAAACAAAACCUCGCAGUAUCAGGGGUGGCAUUCUAGCUGAUGAGAUGGGACUAGGGAAAACAUUAACAGUGAUAUCUCUUAUCAAGACGAAUUCAAAGAAUGCUGGAAAAAUACCAUCUAAAAUUAAAGACACAGAAAAUGGUGCUGAUACAUCUUCUGACAAAGGAAACCCGGGGAGUAAAAAGAACAUGCAUUGUGACCCAGAGGAGCAAGCAAGCAAUGAAGAAAUGCUCUCAGAAAAUGAAGAAGUAGCGACACAUUAUGAGGAGAUUUCUGACAAUGAAAAUCCACACGAGAUUUUAGACAUUCAGUCUAAUUUAGAUGAGCAAACUAUACAUAGGGAUGAAGCUUCCAACAACAGCCUGUUGAGGGAAGAGGGAGAACUUAAUGGUGAUAUUGGAGAGACGACCAAAGAUGAAAACAUGGAUAUAACUGUACAUGGGGGUGAAGCUUCCAAUAGCGGCCUUCUGGGGGAAGAGGGAGAACUAAAUGGUGAUACGGAAAAGACGACAAAAGAUGAACACGUGGGUAUUUCUGAAAACCUAGCAAUAAAUAAAACUAUAGUUCGUGAGACCAAUGAGGGUUGGAGAAACGAAGAUGAGUCUAAGGAUGCAGGCAUACUUGAAACGAAUCCUGAUCAAAUUAAAAAUGAUGAUAUGUCCCCAGAAAACGAGGAUCCAGUGACUGAUACAAAAGAAUCUCCUAACAUUGAAACGCAAGAUGAACAUGGAGACUUUCACUCCGACUUAGAUGAGCUUACCAAAAUUGGAAACGUUGACUCUAAAGUUAGUUAUAUAAAUGAAGAGGGAGAAAUAACAUUUGAUGCAGAAAAAGGGGAAGAUGAAGGUAUGCGAAAAGAUGCCCAGUUAGGUCCUGUCACAAAAGAGACAUUGACGGACGAGGAAGAAUCUACAGGAAAAGAGGAACACAAUACAAACUUAGAUAACCCGAGUGAAAAUAAAGAUUCAAAGGAUGAAGAUGAAAAACCACAGCUCUUUCUCACCAAAAUAACAGAUGAGACAGAAAAGAAGGAGCCUGUGAAAGGAACCAAAUUAAAGAAGACAAAGAAAAAGAAGAAAUUUUCAAAGACGACACUGAUUGUCGCCCCUGUUUCUGUCAUCAAUGUCUGGGAAACCCAGAUUAUACAACAUGUGGACGAUAGGUAUCCACUGAAAACCUACACUUUUCACGGGAGGAAAAGAGUAGAGGAUGUGUCCAUCCUCACCCAGAACGAUGUCGUACUCACGUCCUACGAUACAUUGAGGAUUGACGCAAAGACAAACCGCAUUCUCCAAGAGGUAAAUUGGCUCCGUGUGGUGCUCGAUGAGGGACACAAGAUAAAAAAUCCCUCUUCUAAACAGACACAGGCUAUCAACAGUCUCCAGUCAGAAAGAAGGUGGAUCCUAACAGGUACUCCAAUCCAAAACAAAAUCGAGGAGCUAUGGUCCCUUAUAUCGUUCCUUAAAAUAGACACAUUUACUGAUGUAAAUCAAUGGAGAAAAAUAAUCGUGGACCCUCUGGUGUCUGGGGAUGAGAAUGCCAAAAGGCGGAUAUUUCAUCUUGUAAAUUUUAUUGCAUUAAGAAGAACGAAAACUUCUACCAUACGUGGAGAAAGAAUACUUUCUUUACCUCAGAAAACUGUGGUUGUGAAAGAAAUCCGGUUUAGUGAGGAAGAAAUGGAGGUUUACAGAGAUUUUGACAGAGGAUGCAAACAGCUAAUUCGACGGUAUCUGAUGUUCUAUUUUGGAAAAAUAAAAGUGGGUAGGUCUCUCAGCGAACUGGAGAGCAAACAGACUGGAAUAGAAAAGCUUGCUUCACUACUGAGACUCUCUGAAAAUGAGUGUUGCAGUGUUUGCUUAGAAGAAAUAAGUGUGACUGAAGGUACAAACGCUCCCGUUAUUACAGACUGUGAUCAUAUCUUCUGCAAGUCGUGUAUUGUUGGAGUAAUUCGGCAACAUGGCACCUGUCCAAACUGUCGAGGAAUUCUGACAAUGGAUUCUUUAACGGAAUGUCCUCCUGGUGAACUUGCCCUUCGCUUACAAAGACCUGAACUAGACAAAUCUGUGCUUAGUACCAAGACAACGGCAUUGAUGGUAGAUUUGCAUCAAUUACGAGAUGAGUUUCCGCGGGAGAAAUGCGUUAUUGUCUCAGAAUUCACCACCCUUUUGGAUGUAAUCGAGGAGCCACUUAAAAGUUCAAACUUCCGAUUCGUCCGACUGGAUGGUAAAAUGACUCAGAGGGCUAGGGCUAAAAGCAUCGAAGUGUUUUCAAGUCCAGGUGAUGACUCCCCCACUGUGAUGUUGUUGUCGCUAAAAGCUGGAGGAGAGGGCAUCAGUCUUGUAGCAGCAUCCAGAGUCUUCCUCCUUACACCGGUCAUAUAA